GAAGCAGUUUGGAGGUAUGAAAGAGGUGUGUGUGUGUGUGCCCCCCCCCCACACUCCUGGGGUGGGAGUGAGGUGGUGAAUCAGGUGGUGGUGGUGGGGGUAACAGGCUUCCUGAGCAAAAUUAGGCCUGGCGCUUCUUCCCUCCUUCCUGGCCUGAGGGGGUUGUCUUUUUUGUUUUGUUUUGUUUUUAAGUCCUCCGGCCUUGGUACCAUCUGCCUGCCAACCCUGUGGAAAGGAAUCCAAGGCAGACUGGAGAUGACUCCCACCAGUCCUAGGGCUCCAGCACUACCAAGUUGGCAUUCCAUGCUGGAGAGGGAGUGGGGAAGAGGGAGCCCAGAUAGGAAAACAAGGCAGAGAAGCACAUUAAAAAAAUUAUAACAACAAAACACAGACACAAAACAGAUAAGAUGGCUAGGCCAUCAACCCACUUACCUACCUUCCAUUUCUGGAUGUAAUUCCCCCAAAUCUUGAUCUCCCCCCUCUCAUUUCCCUUAAGAAAAUAAGAAAACACACUUAAGUCUAAGGGCACAAGGCACGUUUCCCUCCCACUUCCCUGAAGCCUCAUAUUUGCUCCCAUCUCUUUGAGGUUUCCCAUGGUUUUCUGCUCUAGGACAUUCAGAGUUAUAACACCCCCCCCCCAUCAAUUACAAUUUUCAGAGGGCUCAGGGAUGGUGAGAGAUCCUGAAAGUCAGAGCUGCCUAUAGUAUAAAUAUAUAUACAUAUAUAUAUAUAAUUUUUUUUUUCUUUUAAGGAAAAGUUAAGAGGCUAACACAGGCAAGCUGUCAGGACUGAAGGUUUGCCUGUUCUGCAGUUUCUGGUCACCUCCCACUCUAUCCCAUUCUCUCCACAGCAAGCAAUCCACAUGAGGUUCUCUGCUUUUCUUUUCUUCUGUUGCUCUCUUGACUUAACGUGAAAACAGGGUAUAUUUGAACAAACUGUCUGUCCCAGGCUGGGGCUGCAGCUGGGCCUGUGUGCCUUGCUUAAGCUCCCGACAGGACACUUUUGUUGCACUUAGAGUUUACAUUUUAAUGGAUAUAAAAACAACUGUGAGAGAUGCCUGGGCCUGAGGAAGCCCAGCAUCGCUCAAAAAGUGUGUGUUCUAGUGAACAUUUUCAUAUAUAUUUAUUGGUUAUAGCCUGUUAAAAUAUUUUCUUUUUGUAUUAUUUAUCCCCCUACAUUAUGUAUUUAUAUGAGGGAAGAAAAGGAAAAAACUGUACUUUUUUAGUAUUUACUUGUUAUAAAGGAUGUUGUGUUUCCUGUCAUGUAAAAACCAGCUAUUUUAGUUUUUACUGUACUCUAGAAAAGAGCUGUAGAUUUAUGUUAAACUCGUACUUAUGAAUAAUUGUAAUUAGUUUUAAAAGGCAUGAACUCAGCUCCUAAUUGUCACUGUAUAGUCCUGAAUUAGUAGAGUUAGAGUUAAUUCCCUCUUGGAACUUUCUUUGUUCUUUAGUAACUUUUUUUUUUCUUACUUAAAAAGGUUGUCUGUCAAAGAAUUCUUGAAUAAACUUUCUUUUAUCAAUUUUAUCUUGUCCUGGUGUUCCAGAUUCCAUAGCAGAGCAAGGCUACUGACUGCCGAAUUUCCCCCAAGGGAAGGGGGACAUAUUCCCCCACCCCCCGGCUUUCAUACCAGAGUUAAAUAGUUUUUCUCACUCAUACUAGUCUGAAACAUUCUGCCACCUUUUUCAGCUAAGGUUUAGACAGCAAGUCAAGGGAGGGAAGGGAACUAGUGGGUAGUCCCCAGAGUCAGUCUGGUUAGGUUCUAUGCCUCUUGGUUUUAUUAUUUAUUAUGUAUCUGCUCCUUCCUUCCUUUGGCCACAACCUCUGGGCAGGCCUCUGUGUCACACUAACCCAAACCAACCCAAAAUCUCUGCCUGAUUUCUGCCUGUUUCAGACACCCUAAACUUCACACUCCUCUUCCGGAGCUACAAAGAAGUUGUCACGUGACCCAAAGCCCAACCACCAUUGGGCCUAAAAUGAAAACAAAGGAAAAUGAUUAAUCUUAAAAAAAAAAAAAAAGGACUGAGGCCUAGACUUCACAGGUCAAACCUUAAAACUAAAGUGAAAUUAAAUCAUUAAAUAAAGCCUAGGGCAGAGAAAGAGGGAGCUAGUUUGAGUUCUCCUGCCAGGAUAAAGGGAGAAAGGGAAGAGAAGCUUUUGGAUGCAAGCCUAAACGAAAGGCUGCGUCCCCAGGCUAAUAUGCAACUCAGGUUUUCAUGCUCGUUGGGAAAACUUCAUUUCUUAGUCGUGAUCCCAUGAAAGUUUUAUCACACAUUGAAGCGAGGAUAGAGCGGGUCUGUCAAAGAUGAAAUGUCACUGCCGCAUUGCUGGAGCCGAUAAGAGCGAGGAGACAGGGAGGCUGAAAUAUGUAGCUAAUUCGUUGAAAGAGAAGCGAUGGCUGCUAGCUGAAGAGCUGUAUAAUUCUAAUUGUGAGUGAUGCACCGGCAUUGCUUAAUUAGGGGCAUAUAUUUGGUGGCAGUGGUGUGUGUGUGUGUGUGUGUGUGUGUGUGUGUGUGUGUGUGUUUGGGAAGGGAGUGAGAAUCAUUCUAGGCCUUCAGCCUUAAAGCUAGGGCUGAUUUUCAUUUUUAUGUUGCAUCCUGGCAGUCCAAGGUUAGUAAUUACAGUCUUUAUGCAACAAUAAAUAACAAUAAAAAAGCAACCUGAAUUGUACACCCCCUCCCCACCAAGUAGGGUUUUAACUGGACGGCUCUUCCAGGCAGCAAGCAAUUUAGCAUUGGGUCGGGCUAUAAUUUAAAGGCAGAGAGCGUGCAGAGUUUGAUUGGGAUCAAAUAACGCUCAAGGGUCCUUCUUUCUUUUUCUUUUCCUCUUCCCUGAAUAGCAUUUUCUGAAUGAUAUAGCUGGAUGUAGAAGGGUCAUGUUUGGCUGUGAGGCGGGGAGUGGAUUGCUUAUUUAUCUAGGUGAAGAGAGACAGGCAAAGAGAGAGAGAAUUUAGCUAGAGCAUAAAAAGCAGGGCUCUGGCUUGACGCGAGGAUUGCAAAUAAAAAUGAGACAGACUUGGCUUAGUGUUCCCUACGCCUCAGCCUGCAAGAUUCCAGACACUCAACAGAAGCAGCUCAAAACAGGGGCCCAGACGAGCGAUUGGCGGAGGCCGAUCCCGUGACCAUGAAUUCCCUGCAAUUUCGCCGGAGUCUUGGGUUUAAUAGAGAGAGUCCCCAUACGCUUGUAUUUAUCAGCAAUAUACAAUUAUAAAGGCCUAAAUUUUAAAAAAGAGAGGGAGAGAGAGCGCGAAAUCUCCCCCUCUUGCAAAAUCGCUCCAUCGCAUAAACCUGGGGGGGGCCAGGAGGGGGGGUCCCUUCCGAUCCUCCCUCCUGACGCCCCCCCAUCAGGACCCCUCCCCCACCACUGAAAGCCAUGAAUUUUGAAUUUGAGAGGGAGAUUGGGUUUAUAAACAGCCAGCCAUCGCUCGCCGAGUGUCUGACUUCCUUCCCCGCUGUCUUGGAGACAUUUCAAACUUCAUCAAUCAAGGAGUCGACAUUAAUUCCUCCUCCUCCUCCUCCUCCUCCUCCUCCUUGCGAGCAAACCUUCCCCAGCCUCCAGCCCGGCGCCUCCACCCUUCAGAGACCCGCGAGCCAAAAGCGAGCUGAAGAUGGGCCUGCUUUGCGGCCGCCACCGCCGCUUCCCGCCGGCCCUCCAGCCCCCGAGUUCCCCUGGAUGAAAGAGAAGAAAUCUUCCAAGAAACCCAGCCAAUCGACCACAUCUCCUUCCCCAGCCGCCUCCUCGGUCCCGGCCUCCGGGGUCGGAUCACCUGCAGACGGCCCGGGACCGCCCGAGAGCGGCGGCGGCGGCGGCGGCGGGGCCCGCAGGCUGCGCACGGCGUACACCAACACGCAGCUGCUGGAGCUGGAGAAGGAGUUCCACUUCAACAAGUACCUGUGCCGGCCGCGGCGCGUGGAGAUCGCCGCCUUGCUGGACCUCACCGAAAGGCAGGUCAAGGUCUGGUUCCAGAACCGGCGCAUGAAGCACAAGCGGCAGACGCAGCAUCGAGAGCCGCCGGACGGGGAGCCCGUCUAUCCGGGCGCCCUGGAGGAUGCUGGAGAGCCGGGGGAGGAGUCCGCGGUCAGCCCGGGAGGCCCUUCUGCCUCGGGGGCGGUGCGAGAACCCCGCUUUCAUCCCAAUGAGGUCGCGCCGGGGCCCCCAAGCGUCUCGGGGCCCGGGCCUGUGGCGGGUCACCCGGAGAGUGCGCGCGCGCCGAGCCCGGGAUGCGCGCUGCGCACGGCCGGAGGCCCGGAGCCUGAGCCGGGCCCCGAAGAAGCCUUCCCUGAGCGGCAAGAUUCGCCUUUCCUGCCCGACCUCAACUUCUUUGCGGCGGACUCCUGUUUCCAGCUGUCCGGAGGCCUUUCCCCCAGCCUGCAGGGCUCGCUGGACAGCCCGGUUCCCUUUUCCGAGGAAGAGCUGGACUUCUUCACCAGCACGCUCUGUGCCAUCGAUUUGCAGUUUCCCUAGAUGUUUCUUCCCGGGUCCUUGCCACCCUGUUCUCCCUGGCUGACGGGGGGAGGCAGGGGAGAACCUUCGCCCCUAGUCACAUUUACUUAUGUGUUUUGCUAAAAUUCAGGUAUUAUUAAAUUAGCGUAUAGUCCACUCUUUUUUUUUUUUUUCCUUUUCCAAACGACGCAGAAAAAUUCCGUUUGGUAGACUCCUUCCAACGAAAACUCAGGAAUAAUCAAAACUCUAGGGGGGAGGGCUUUCUUAACAAAGAACCAGAGGGACCUAUUUUCCUCUUUUUUAUGUUUUAGACUGUAGAUUAUUUAUUAAGAUUCUUUAAUAAUAGGAAAAGGGGAAAGUAUUUAUUGUACAUUAUUUUCAUAGAUUAAAUAAAUGUCUUUAUAAUAUGAAAA